AUGCUACAGCUUAAAAAGGCAGUAAGUGCAAAUUCUGCCUGUCAGGUGAAGGGAAAAUCAAGCACGGUAUCAGUAUUGCUAGCAACCGCCCUAGUAUCAGCGAGGGGGCCAACUGGUAAGAUUUCGGUACUUCGGGCUUUGAUCGAUCCUGGUUCCCAAACAUCCUUCAUCGCGUUGGCUGCAGCAAACAAGUUAGCUUUGAAGAAGAGAAAUGUAUUGACGUCAGUAUUGGGCAUCGGUCGUGUUCAUGCGGCGACUGUCCGGAAAACCGUCGAGCUCAAGAUAAAGCCAAAUUUUGUGUCCAACUUUGAGCUGGCAAUUGAGGCUUAUGUGCUACCAGCACUAACAACCUUACUGCCAAAUGAAGAUAUGAUCGAAAACGGAUGGAUGAGGAAGCUACAAUUUGCAAACCUGAAAUAUAACGUUAAGGCAGGCAUUGAUCUGGGAGCUGAAGUGUUUGAAGAGAUAGUCGAGCCAAAAAUAAAGAAAGGAGAUCCGUUGAUGGCCCAGAAGACGAAAUUAGGCUGGGCUAUCUCGAUGAAAGUCCCCAUCGAGUCACCUGAAGUAACGACACUGAUAUCUAAUAUAUCAACAAAGGAGUUCCAUACGGUGCUCCAACGAUUCUUCGAAACAGAGGCAGAUCACGAUGAUGUAGCGGUUGCGAUCGAAUGCGAAGUGAUUUACGAAAGCACGGUCCGGCGCAAAGCAGAUGGAAGAUACGCGGUCAUGUUACCAUUCCAGGACGACCCUAAGGUAGUGCCACUAGGGAAUUCAAGGAACAGGGCAUCAAUGCAUCUAAAACAACUGGAAAAACGACUCGGGAUGGAUGUUGAAUUAAAGGAAGAUUAUCACCAGGCGAUGCAAGAGUACAUCGACUUUGGUCACAUGAGGCGAGGGACACCUUUUGUUGGAGAAGACCGAGACGAGUACUACCUUCCGCAUCAUCCUGUAGUUAAGAUGGAAAGCACGACCACCAAGAUACGGCCAGUUUACGAUGCUUCUGCAAAAGCUUCGAGUGGUUCCAGCUUAAACGACUUUCUACAUACCGGUCCCAAAUUGCAAGAGUUAAGUAUAACUUUUUAG